GCUAAUAUUGUUUGUCUGAUCUGGCAACGCAGUGAAAUAUUAUAGCUGUUGCUUCCACGUUACUUUCAUCAUAUUUUGUGUCUGCUGUAUGGUCAUAAUAAUCUUAGAUUGAUUGAUAUAGGUUUAUUAAUUUUGUGUGUGCUGAUUUGAUGUUGUAAUAAGCACGACGGACUGUGCGCAAAGUUAAGAUUUAGUAAGAGAAAGUACUGUAGAGAAUUUUAUCUGCUAAAUUUUGCGAUGCUUUUAACCAAAAUAGUGUGCCAAUACACAUAGAGCAUAUACCCAAAAUCAGUGUUUGUGUGCAUUCUGACACACAGACGAUGUCAUUGCUCGUUACUGUCGCUACCGAAAUGAGUGUGCAGGCGCAAGUUAAGUUUUAAUAUUAUUGUCAUUUAUUGCGUUUAAGCAAACGAUAAAAUAUGUGCUGCUGAGCGACAACAAUUGAGAUACAACUGAGCGAGCGAAUGAACGAGUAACCGAAUGCAGCGCCGAAACUGCCAAACCUAAUACAACUCAUCUUGCCAUAAAAUUUAAAUAAAGUGAAGGACAAAAGUGUGUAAAAAGUAGUGAAGAAACAACGGUCAUGUAGUGCCGAGCGCGAAAAAAGUGUGCUGUUUUUAUUGCUAUCACUGUGCAUAUAUCUCGCGUUUCGAUAGUCGCAAUAAAUUUGUAUGUGACUGGUGUGGCUUGGGCAACGGGCGUGCGUCAUAAAAUGUUUGUCAGUGUUCAUGUAUUGCUCAAAAAAUGUGAAAAAUGCAUAGGAAAAAGUAUAGUAACAAACAUUUAAAGGAAGACGGUUAUACCCAAACUGCUUCCUUAAAAAACCCGAAAAUUCCUAAAAAUUAAACUGCAAGUACGUGCAUACAAGCAUGCAUAUGUGUGUAUACUCAUAUAUGUAUGUGUAUGUCAUCGAAUUGUUGAAUAGUGCGAUAUGUGUGGCCAAUUUGACUAUGUAAAAUUUACUUAAUUUUUUCUCAGUUGUGAAAAAAAUCAAAAGGAAGGAGUAAACGCAGUGAAAAUGUGAAAGUAAUGUAAACAAAUCAAUAACGCAAUAUGUAACGUGGUUAAUACAGUAUUCGAAAGGCUAAAGUAACGCCUGUUGUGAUUUCUUACAAAAAUUUUAUAGAAAGAAUCAACACGAAUUUGGAAGAUAACCAGAAAGAUAAAAUCAUGAAAUGCGGUGAUACAGUGUCUAAUGUACUAAAUCAUUUCACGCAAUGAAAUUUUAUAUAAAACAGUCAAUGCUUCACUUGCAUUUAUUUUGCAACAUACAGCUCAAGCGACAACUUCAAAACCGAGGAAAACUAGUAACAAAACCUAUACCUUUAUGUGUAUAAUCACGAACAUAUAAAAGUACAAAAAGAUUAACAUUUUCAAAUACUAGUAGAACCAGGUUCAAAAACCAAUUAAAGUGUAAUAUAAUAUUAAACAAAUUACAAAGGAGUUCAACUGGUCUAAUGUCGUCGAUAUUACAACAGCAAUUAACAUUUGAAAAGUUGAUAAAAGCUCCUGUGCAUACAUGUGGCGCUGUUUUUCAAACGCCGUCAACGCUUUCACCGAUUUUACAUAACGAGCCUGACACAAAUAAAACAACCACGAAGUCGCAGUCAGCUGUAGAUUCCUUAGAACGAUUCUGCGCUGAUCCCAUGGCUAUGGCCGCACAUACGUUAUUAGCUGCAUCUACCGACUAUGUUAUGCCUGCGACUGAUAGCAUCAAAAACAAUAACAAUGAUAAAGUCAGUAAUUCAAAUAUUAACGUACUAAACCAGCAAAACAAAUGCUCUGUUAGUAAUAAUGUUGACCAAGUUAUCCCUGCAUGUGAAACGUUAAAUUCUUACCCGUCAGUCCAUGUUUUACCAAUUUCAGUAGAUAUGCACUCUUCUCAUGAUGACAGCCUAAAACUAGCUGCAUCACCGGUGCAGAGUAAGUCUUUUUCAGAAGACAUAGCCGAUGUUGACCACAUGUAUGCAUGCGAUAGAGUUCGUACAACUAAGCAGCUUGUCGAUGAAAAGCUACGCAGUUCAUCGGGUUUGAGCGGGUCUCCUGGCCACGAAGCCAAUACCCAUCAACUGCUAACUAAUCACACUCGUUCAAAUUUUGAGCAUGAAUUUAAACAGCAAGUAGCACCCGUUGUACUUAUUCCUCAAGAUCAUCACCCCCAGCACCAGCAAAAAUAUUCGCAAACUCAAGAAACUCAAGCCAACAAUGAAGUCAUAAACGGUAAAGGAAUUGAUAUUACAAAUAAAGAGCACCAGACGGUAAAUAGUAAACAUAAAGGUGGGAGAGAUUCAUCCUUUAAUAUUACCGCGUUUAGUAAUAGUAGUGGUGCCUGUGCCAAUGGAGGUCUAUGUGGUACAUCGGAAGAAACUAAUGUCGUCGAAGCUGACACGCGAAGAAAUAUUCCGGUCCUUGAUGUGCUGCUUAACGACGAGCAAUCGAAGAAUAUGUUUAAACAUUUGUCUCCACCUAAGAUGGGUUUAGCGCAAGCAAGUACACACGUUUUAGCCGUGCAGAGAAAUAUUGGUCCAAAUGCGGUUGCUGUUGGACAAGACAAUUUUCCACCACCUAACGAUUGUAUGAUUCCCGUCGACAGUUCUACUUUUUUAUAUGAAAAAGAAAGCCAGCUCCUAACUAAACUCUUUGCUACAGAUCUGGUAAUACCAAAAUGUUAUAUACCAACAAGUGCGGUAAACUCCUUUCAUGUGGAUGCCGAAGAUAUUGGCGGUCCCAACAAAUCAGGCAACCGUUCGCAGCAUGGUAACGAUAUGUUAGAUAAUGCAAAAGAAAAGCGUGAUGUUGAUUUAAGUAUGCAAAGUGCGCGCUCUACUUUACCCUCUACCGAGGCCACCAAACAGUUAAACGUACCUCCCGCGGCACUUAAUUUGCUAACAGAAAUACUUUUGCUCCAACAAGACUAUCAGCACAAACAGCAAUCACAAUUACUAACAUCGGCUGCAAAUAAUGUUAAUAUUGCAACUGCUUUACAGAAGGAUCAACUGCACAUGAAUAAGUUGUCGACGGCAUCUCCACUGUCAGCACCUCUGGCGCUCCCAUUUCCUUUCCAAUUACCGCUUCCUUUGUCAUUGUCCCUUCCUCUGCUGCAGCCGUUACCACUGUCAAUGCCACCCAUACCAAUUUUUGAAAAUACUAAAAAUAAUAACGGUAGCAAUUCGAUUUCGAAACAAUAUAAUUUCGAAGUGCCGGCGUUCCUAACAGGCGAUUCAACUGACAAAUGUAAAGAUCAGAUUUAUUUAAAAUCUAAGCACGAACCAGCAACACACCGCGACCACCAGCAAAAAUCAACGGUAUCUUCACAGCAACAGCAAGAAGCUUCGAACCAUUUUUUAACUACACAAUUUCUGUAUUCGCGUAUGUUACCCGCACUAGCCGAUAAUUUGAGGGGACGGGAUCUCCAUAUGAUAGACUGCGCGCCCAGUAUUUCGAUGCUAAACACGCUUGCAAGCAGUACACUACCUUCCGAAAAUGAUAGUAAUAACAAUCGAAACAAUUUGCCAAACGACAAUAGUGAAAACGUUGAUACCAACUCAGCGUUUGAUACCGUAACUCUCUCUCCAAAACAAAGCAACACACAAUACACGAGUACACCCAAUUUAUCCACCGACAUCAGUAGGACUGACAGGUUUAGUUCCAUAAUGACAAACAGAAAUGCAACUACUACAAAUCUGAGCGGUACUGAGCUUUUAUCUGCACAAGAGGCGGCGCUUACGCAAGCCCAAAUACAACUUGAUAAGUAUUUAGGGCUUAGCAAUCAGUUUAUUGAACUCACACAAAACAAUUUAACAAUAUCUGACAAACUUACUGCCCACAUUGUACCACGCGUGUGGGAGAAUUUGCAGCAAUCUAAACAAUUAAUUCAUUCAACACAGACGCAGUUGAGUUUACUUAGGCGACAAUGCGCCAGCGCAAAGUUUUACUACGAGCGAACGAUGCGUCGGCUGUACUCAAGCGAUUCUAAGUAUCUGUCACAGUUACAAGCGCGUAAAAAACCCUCCGCAUAUUCAUCAUCCUGGUGUCCGAAUAGCAUUGUAACUCGGGCAGCAGUAAUUGCAGCAAUGGCGGCUGCGUCGGAAUUACAGCCACUGCCGACAAACACUUUUGUUAAAACGGAGAGUUCUAUUAGUGGUAAAAGUGAAAUAACCGAUAAAGAAUGUGAGCGUGCUUUAGAUAAAAGUCAGACAUUGUUAGAAAUAGAGACUGUUAUUGAGCGUUACGUUAAGACGGUAUGCAAAAAUAAUGAAGAUGCAGACGCAGUUACUAAUGAGAUUAGCGGCAGUGACUUCAUGCCGAGAUCUAAUGAUAAUUAUGACAACACAAGAACUCCUGUUUAUAGUUCUCCAGGAAUAGCUAAUAAUGAUGAUGGGGAAUAUGAAUUUGAAUGCAAUGCGAAUGUAAAGCGUCGUAAUAAAACAUCAUCACCCUUCACGAUUGGCAGCAAUGCAAACUGGCGAUUGUUGGAGGCAUCGUCUCCUAUCUGCUUUUGGCAUCCAGAUAAUCGAGGGCUCAGCGUAAAUGAAGGCGUGCUUUCUGCUUCCGAAAUUAUACUGGAAUGUGCAGCAUUAAGUGUUCAAGCGCAUAUGCAAGACCCCUCUAUUGUAGUAAACAGAAUUGCUGGUGAAAGAACGUCUACCCCCUCACACGAAUGUGAACGUGGUGGAAUAACUGAAAAUUCUGAACAUACGACUACGGACGGUGAAACAUUUCAAGGCUUACUCCUAAAAAGAGUUCUAAACACGCGCUCAGGUUCCUACAAUGGCGAUCAUGACACUGAAGUAAUCAAGAAUGCAAAUAACGAAAAAAAAGAACUACAACAAUCACCUUCAGGCUCGCCAAUGGCCGUGAAUGCCACAAACUCUCCUAACAUGCUGACACCAACGUCCACGCCAACUACUACACCGACGCCGCCCAACAUAAAUGCUGCUAUUGUUGGAAAAAAUCAUCGCAAAUCAAAUUAUGCUCAUCACCUCGAACCAUCAAUCAGCCCUGCAUCUACAAUUACAAACUUAACUCAUAAAAAGGCUUUAUUUUAUGAACAAUCGAAUUCUCAAACGCUUAGACAACGUUACAGCAGCAACAAUAACGGCGAUAUUGCUAACAAUAAUACUAACGACAACAUGGACAACAAAAUUGAACCAAAUAAAAAACUUGAGACUCUGCAAGUUAUUCAAGCAACGUCGGAAUCACCAGUUUCACCUUCAGUGGCAGUAAAUAUUGGGCAUAACAAAAAAAAUCAGCAACACCAACAACAGCAGCAGCAGGCAGCGUUCAGUGGUUGCAGUAGCAGCAGCACUGGCGGUAGCGGCAGUGGUUGCUUAUAUGGUCUAAAUGGUCCAUCAUCUAAUACUAACAGCGAAACAACUACAGCAGCGGUGGCGGCAUUGCAGGAAUGCGCUUUUACCAAUAUUUUUAAGGCACGUUUCAACGCGCUAACGGCUGCAGCUGUAAUGAAUGCUACAGUGGGAAUUUCGGCGGCUGCUGCCGCCGCAUCCGUAAUAGAUGGACCGUAUGAUUUAAGCAUCAGCAGAAAAGCUAAGCAAACAAACUUGGAUAGUAAAAUAUCAACGGCUAAUCCACAAGGAAAUGAGUGCAAAGACAAUUCGAAUGAGAAGAAGAAACCGCAUAUCAAAAAGCCACUGAAUGCGUUCAUGCUCUACAUGAAAGAGAUGCGAGCCAAAGUUGUUGCCGAGUGCACUUUGAAAGAAUCGGCUGCAAUAAAUCAAAUACUUGGUAGAAGGUGGCAUGAACUUAGCCGUGAAGAGCAAAGUAAAUAUUACGAAAAGGCGCGACAAGAGCGCCAAUUACAUAUGGAAUUAUAUCCAGGGUGGAGCGCACGGGACAACUACGGCUAUGUUUCGAAAAAGAAAAAGCGUAAAAAAGACCGUUCACCCGCGGAUUCGGGAGGUAAUAAUAUGAAAAAGUGCCGUGCUCGAUUUGGUUUAGAUCAACAGAAUCAGUGGUGUAAGCCCUGCAGACGUAAAAAGAAAUGCAUACGCUAUAUGGAAGGAUUGAGAGGUAGUGCCGGUAUCAGUGGCACCAAAGAUGAUAGCUUUCAGGACUUAGACGAUCUAGAUGACAAUGCUAGUGAUGAAAAUCUGGGUAGUCCAGGCAGUAUUGAUGACAACAACAAAACACCUGACGAUGAUACCGGAUCACUGAAUCAUUCGCUAUCUAGUCCGGGCUGCCAAAGCGGUUUGUCUAGUCUUCAAAGCCCGUCUACCAGUAUGGCUAGCCCAUUAAAUCUGCUCCCUAGUCCUGCAACGCCCUCAACGAUCGGUCUGCCAUUUGGACUUACUGACAAUCAACAAGAUCAGAAUGUGCAAAGUCAGCAGCAACUACAACAACCGAACAGCGGUAUCGAUUCGGCAGCUCAACAAAUUCGUAUGCAACAGUCGAGCCAACAUCAAAUUCAUUUAAGUCAACAUCAGCACCUUCUGCAGCAGCACCAGCCGCAUCCGCAUACUACAUCCUCACACAACGGUAUUUACGAGCAUGCCGGAAGAUCGUUUAUCUGUAGUGGUAGCAUUGGUGUCGGGAGAAGCACAAUUAUAUCUCCAUCUCUGUCAAAUAAGAGCUCCAGUGGCAUAUGUAUUAGCAGCAGCAACACUCUAAUAAAUACCUCAUCAUCAGCGUCUGGUGUGACAACCACGGCCGCCUUCACAGAACGCACUAUGCGUUCACUUCUGAAUCCUAGUCCUUCCGGCCUAUUGCUGAAUAACAAUUGCUUUCCACCAAGCGGCCUAGAAUCAAGCGCAGGAGCUAUAAUUUCCAUAGAACAUAUUCUAUCAAAUGCCAAUAAAAUAUCAUCCGGCACUGCAUCCAAUACUACAACCACCAACACCGUGGGCAAGAGAGCCAACGACGAUUUAAAUGGUUUUAUUUCCUUCAAUAACAAUAGCGAUCCGUCUUUUACCAAUAACACCGGCAAUAACAGUGCUUGUGAAAAUAAUUCAAUGGCAGUUACGUCGACACCGUUAGUCAGCGACACAGUCAAACCUUUACCAGCCGCGAUGGCAAAAUCGAGCGUUUCGUCGUCUGCGCCGUCUUCACCUGUUGGCGAUACUUUCGAAAAGGCAGUUGCUCCUGCUCAACGAAACCCUAUAGGCGCUAAUCCACAUGAUAUCAACAACCCGCUCAGCAUUAAUCAGCUGACGAAAUGCAGUGAAAGUACAAGCAAUACCAAUAAAAAUAUUGUGACAACUACUAACAAUAAUUUUAAGAAUAUCAUUGCAACGGCUGACAAAAACAGCAAUUCAUCAUGUUUUGAUAAUAUAUCAACAGCAUCCAGUAGCAAUACUAACGGGAUCGCAGCAAAGAAAUAUAAUCAUAACAAUCAACAACUGCCAAAACAACUAGCCUUACGAAUAUCCUCAACCGCUUCAUCGCCUCAACAACAGCAGUUAGCAACGACGUGUUUAUUCCCGCCAGUACCGCAACAUUAUCAGCAGCAAUUCCAUUUGCAUACAUCUACUGGACAGCCAACGCCACCAACGCACCAUCAUGCAUCCCUCCGCCAUUCGCAUGCACAUCCACCAUUGUUCAACCAACAUUUUCAACAAUUCAGUCAUCACUUGGCGUCCGUGGCAGCGGCGGCGGCUGCAACAAAUGUCCACAUACCCAAUAUAUUGAGUGCUGCUGUUGUGAAACCCAACAACAGUAUGCAACGUAAUACUACAAGCGAUGUUAUAGCUAACGAAGCAGCUGCACCAACAAUAAUUGAAGCGAUUGAAACUACUGCUGAGGAUAAGGCAUGCACAGAAAGCGUCGGAAAUCUGACAGCGCUAAAAUGCCAUGCCUCAGAGACAACAGUAGCGACAACGACGUCUAUGCCAGGUACAACAACAGUAACGACGAAGACGCUGCCAGUGUUGGCUGCAGACAACACACCCCUUCUUAAUGUUAAUACAACCGCUUCCGGCAAUGAAAAUGGAGCAAUUAGCGUUACGUAACGGUAUCAUCAGAAGGGCGCACCGCAAACCGUUGAUUUUAAUGUAGUUUCGUUGUAUAUCAUAAAAAACGUAUUAUUCGUUUCGUUAUAAUUUGCUUUUAAUAGUUUGUGAAUAUGAGUAUUACAAGAAUAAGCAAGUAUAGUUCCGAGUAAGCCUUCAAAACAUUAAUGUGAAUGCAAAUUAUAGUUGCAUAAACAUCCUUUACUUUCUGUUAUCUUGCGGUGGCUUAGUUAUGGACUCAUGAGGCUGGAAAGCUAAUUAUACUUAAAUGUAUACAAGUAUACAUAUUAUAUAUUACAAAUAUGCAUGCAAUGUUCGGCGGUUAAGCGAGUCAAGAUGCAAUUAAUGGGUUAAUAGUUUUUAGUAAUCAACUAAAAAUAAAUUCUAUCUAUAUUAUUAAAGAAAUUGCAGCCACAUUUUUGGUAAUAAUAAUGUUAAAAAGAAAUAUCCAAAACACUCAAAAGCGAUAAAUGGACACGGAUUUUUAUCCAGCCAAAGACUGACAACUCAGCCUUAUUUCUCUUAAUUAUUUCAUUAUUGUUGUUUAACUACCAAACAAACUGACCGAUAAAAAUCAAGUUCUUGUAUAGAAACUUGCUUAUGUGAGAAGGAUAUUCUAGCUUCGGUGCAACCGAACGUUUAUUAACAUUUUUCUGCUGUUAAUAAUAAAUCUUAGAACAAAUAACCAGUCCUGCUUUCAAACCAAAAAAAUUCGUAUCCAAUAUUUUUCAUCAACCAACAAAAAAAAUUUCGAAUGUUUAGUACGAAAAAAAUUUCCGAAUGUAGAUUUCAGAUGAAUGACCCAUUUAUAGGACUUCAAAUACAUACAUUAUGCUUCUCGCCAAAAGUAAUAGCUAAAAACUUUUCACAUAUCAUUAGACAAGCCAUGUAAUGUUGUCACAGUCAUCUUGAGUGCGUGCACAUAACUUAUACUUUCAUACAUAUACGUUUCAAAUAUCAUGUAAGCAAAUAUAUUUGGCCUUGAAUAUACUUGGUAGCGGAUUCAGCAUUCAAAAUUUGAUAAUCUGUCAAAAUUUUCAAAUACAUACAAAAUACAAAUUACAAAAUAUUAUUGCCAAAGGAUAUACACGGAUAGUUCAAUAAUGAAAUAUUGUUAUGUGAGAAGCCCAGUUAUAUAUAAAUAUAUAGAGGUAUACAAUGUAAAUUAGCUAUACACAUCACUGUGUGUAAAAAUAUGGAAAUUACUUGAAAAAAUUCAAACCUAAUUUUUUUAAGUAGUGCAGUUAAUUAGGUCAUGAAAUAGUAUACAGUAUAAAUUUACAAAAAGAACAAGAUACUUUUAUUUAUGUAUAUAUAUAUAUACAUAUAUAUGCAUAUAUGAACUCAUAUCUUUAAAACCAAAUGAAUUAUAAGAACAAUGUAUUCAAAAUAUUUAAAAAUGAAUGUAAAACCACUUAAUGAUAGACUUGACCCAAACUCUAAACGAAUUUAUUUGUCAUAAGCAACAGGUAUAAAGGAACAAUUAAAAAAUAUUAUAAAAUGAAAAAAUAAUAUAAAUUUCAACAAAUAUAUAUUUUGUCAUAUUUAUAUAAAAACCAAUCAAAUUAAAAACACAACAACACACAAUUGAUUACGUAUACCAUAUCUAAACCGCAUAAAUUACUUUUGGAAAAGCACAUGAGCUACACACAUGCACAGUCAGUAAAUGAAGUAAAGGUGAAACUAGCUACAGAAUGCCAUACAGUCCAUAAAAAGUUUGCGUUCAUUCGAUUCUAUUUAGAUGAUUCCACAAGCUUUUGCCUUUUGCCCUCAUUGGCCAUUUACCAAUUUACUUCACAUCUCAUAUCAAACUUUCAGUACACUCGCUACCUUCUCAAUUUGAUACAGGUUAUAAAAUAAAUUCAAGAAAUUGAAAAAACUAAAUAUAGUAGCUAAAAAUUAAAUAAUUAGACAAUUUUACGAUAGUAACGCUAAGCAAGAAACAUAAUCAAUAUAAUGCAAAAUACAAUAUAAACUGUGCCACAUUUUUGUCAUAUAUAUAUUUUUUCGAGUAUUAUGUAAAGUAAAUUAU